AUGAUUAGCAGAAAAGGCGAAGUAGCUACUUUCACCCCAAGGGCCAUUACGAAUAGGCCUAUAAGUAGCAACCGACGGAGGGGUAGAAACGAAAUAACAGAGGAACAGAAAAAUGAGAUAAAGGAAGCUUUCGAUUUAUUUGACACGGAAAAAACGGGGAAAAUCGACUACCAUGAAUUGAAGGUGGCAAUAAGAGCACUUGGGUUUGACAUAAAGAAGGCGGACGUUUUGGAACUGAUGAGGGAAUACGAUAAAUCAAAUUCCGGCUAUAUAGACUACAAUGAUUUUCUGGACAUCAUGACGCAAAAGAUCGGAGAUAGAGACCCAACGGAGGAAAUAAUCAAAGCGUUUAAAUUGUUUGACGACGACGACACAGGAAAAAUAUCGCUAAAGAAUUUGCGGAGGGUGUCCCGAGAACUGGGAGAAAACCUAUCCGAUGACGAACUGCAAGCGAUGAUAGACGAAUUUGACAAGGACAUGGACGGCGAAAUUAGCCAAGAGGAAUUCCUCAGCAUAAUGAAACAAACCAGUCUUUACUGA